CUCCCCUCAGCGCCCAACCACGGACCAGACAAGGAUAAAAAGUGAACUAAAGAAAGUUUAUCCGAGACUCGACUCUUCCGGUCCUGUGACUUAUCAGGUGGUUGUUGGGUAGGAGGAGAGGAGUGAGGCACAGUGCGUUCUACUCCCUUACCACCCACCCGACGGGCCGCUGCUACAUCGCAUAACGCUAACUGAAAAAGAGCAAGUAGCGGAACUUGAAAGUUUGUGAAACCUUUUCCCUUUCAACUGUCACCGGAGUUGUUGUGUGCCAUGGCCGGAGGUUCAGUUACGGAAUGUAAAGAGUAUUUAUUUAAAGUGUUGGUAAUAGGCGAACUGGGGGUGGGGAAGACCAGCAUCAUCAAGCGGUACGUUCACCAACUUUUCUCCCAACACUACCGGGCAACCAUCGGCGUGGAUUUCGCACUAAAAGUAAUUAAUUGGGACAGUAAAACGCUGGUCAGACUGCAGCUAUGGGACAUAGCAGGACAGGAGCGCUUUGGCAACAUGACGCGUGUCUACUACAAGGAGGCGGUCGGCGCGUUUGUUGUGUUUGAUGUGACCCGUGGCUCCACCUUCGAGGCGGUGGCCAAGUGGAAGCACGACCUGGACAGCAAGGUCAAGCUGGCCAACGGCGGCCCCAUCCCUUCCGUGCUGCUGGCCAACAAGUGCGACCAGAAGAAAGACUCGUCCAACAACGCCAACCUCAUGGACAACUUCUGCAAGGAGACCGGCUUCCUGGGAUGGUUUGAGACCUCGGCCAAGGAGAACAUCAACGUGGAUGAGGCAGCUCGGUGUCUGGUGGAGCACAUCCUGCAGAAUGACAAGGGCCUUCCGUACGAGGAGAGCAAUGGUGACCGCAUUCGCCUGGACCAGGACACUGCCACCGCAGAGAGCAAGUCGGGCUGCUGCUAGCGUUGCCGCAUUACACUACGCUAUGCGACAUGAAGCGUCAUAGUGGGCACCGCCAUCUUUUGCCCUUUGUGAACCCAAUCCCCAUGACCUUUGAUCUUUGGACUCCCGAGCAUGCUCACAACGGACGGGAUCUACACCGCUAGUCCUGCCCAGAGAGUGGGACCUAUCUCAGAGGCAUCUGACUCCGUUAUCACACUACCCACAAUCCUUCUCUUCAGCAUGCUGUCUUGUGCGUGUGCCCUUUGUUUUGUCCAUCCUCCUCUCAUCUGUUCUAUCUCUUUCUCUCAUGGAUGUUAUAACCACUUUUAACUGUGUGUGUGUUCCUCUGUGUUUGUUUUUGUAUGUGUGUGUGUGUGUGUAUGUGUGUAUGUGUCUGUGUGUGUGUGAGAGAGAGAGAGUGUGAAUGUGACUGUUUGUGCGCCUCACAAACAGACUCAUGGGGAGAGCACACACACACCGACACAACUUCCUCCCGACUGUGACUGUGCCAGCAGUUUUUUUUUUUUGUUGCUGAAGGGGAGACUGUUCCACCAGCGCACUCCGAAUGCUGGGUAUAGUAGUGUGUAAUCCCACAGUAGAUAAAUAUUCAGUACAAGGCCUCUGCUCAUUUUAAUAGUACAUAUAGUGCACAUCUCUCAUACAAACACAUGGUUACAACUAGACCAAUAAGAAUUAAACGGCUGCAUUAAAUUAUAGGAAAUAACUCAAAACCAUAGGUGUAUCAGAGAGGUUCCCAUUAGGACCUGUGUGUGUGUGUGUGCAUGCGCGCGCCUUUGGCUGACAUACACUUUUGUUUAAAGAGAGUGCUACCCCGAACUGGUCUGUUUAUAUGAACAACAGUAUACAGACACCUUUGGUACUAGUGAGUCUUAACCUAUGGUAUUUAAUGUUUUAACAUUGUGUGUGGUGAGGGAACUGCCCCUCUCCACUCUGCCCUUUUGUUCAGCAAUGAAUCAAGUGUCUUUUUUUUUUUUACAAAAUGGAGGACUGUCAGUAAUAGUCCAGUUUACAUGAGAAAAAAAAAAAACACCUUUGACGGGGAUCAAAAGAAUAAAGCUUUUAUUGAACUUUUA